AGGCUCCUCCUCUGCGGAUGGUCACUGCCCCUCCGCCAGGCUUCCUGCUGGAGGAGUUUCCUUCCCAGCCAGGCCGGCCCAGAAGCCAGAUGGUCCCAGGACAGGCCCAGCUCCAGAGCCCAGAGAUGCUGCUGCUGCCCCUGCUGCUGCCUGUGCUGGGGGCGGGGUCCCUGAACAAGGAUCCCAGUUACAGUCUUCAAGUGCAGAGGCAGGUGACGGUGCAGGAAGCCCUGUGUGUCAUCGUGCCUUGCAACCUCUCCUACCCCCGGGAUGGCCGGGACGAGUCUGCUGCUGCUUAUGGCUACUGGUUCAAAGGACGGACCAACCCAAAGACGGGUGCUCCUGUGGCCACAAACAACCAGAGUCGAGAGGUGGAAAUGAGCACCCGGGACCGAUUCCAGCUCACUGGGGAUCCCGGCAAGGGGAGCUGCUCCUUGGUGAUCAGAGAUGUGCAGAGGGAGGAUGAGGCAUGGUACUUCUUUCGGGUGGAGAGAGGAAGCCGUGUGAGACAUAGUUUCAUGUACAAUGGGUUCUUUCUAAAAGUAACAGCCCUGACUCAGAAGCCUGAUGUCUACAUCCCCGAGACCCUGGAGCCCGGGCAGCCGGUGACGGUCAUCUGUGUGUUUAACUGGGCUUUCAAGAAAUGUCCAACCCCUUCUUUCUCCUGGACGGGGGCUGCCCUCUCCCCCAGAAGAACCAGACCAAGCACCUCCCACUUCUCAGUGCUCAGCUUCACACCCAGCCUCCAGGACCACAACACCGACCUCACCUGCCACGUGGACUUCUCCAGAAAGGGUGUGAGCGCACAGAGGACCGUCCGACUCCGCGUGGCCUACGCCCCCAAAGACCUUAUUAUCAGCAUUUCACGUGACAACACGUCAGCCAUGGAACUCCAGGGAAACAUCAUAUAUCUGGAACUUCAGAAAGGCCAGUUCCUGCGACUCCUCUGUGCUGCUGACAGCCAGCCCCCUGCCACACUGAGCUGGGUCCUGCAGGACAGAGUCCUCUCCUCGUCCCACCCCUGGGGCCCCAGAACCCUGGGGCUGGAGCUGCCUGGGGUAAAGGCCGGGGAUUCAGGGCGCUACACCUGCCGAGCGGAGAACAGGCUUGGCUCCCAGCAGCGAGCCCUGGACCUCUCUGUGCAGUAUCCUCCAGAGAACCUGAGAGUGAUGGUUUCCCAAGCAAACAGGACAGUCCUGGAAAACCUCAGGAACGGCACGUCCCUCCCAGUCCUGGAGGGCCAAAGCCUGCGCCUGGUCUGUGUCACCCACAGCAGCCCCCCAGCCAGGCUGAGCUGGACCCGGGGGGGACAGACCGUGGGCCCCUCCCAGCCCUCAGACCCCGGGGUCCUGGAGCUGCCUCGGGUUCAAAUGGAGCAUGAAGGAGAGUUCACCUGCCAGGCUCGGCACCCGCUGGGCUCCCAGCAUGUCUCUCUCAGCCUCUCCGUGCACUACCCUCCACAGCUGCUGGGCCCCUCCUGCUCCUGGGAGGCUGAGGGUCUGCACUGCAGCUGCUCCUCCCAAGCCAGCCCGGCCCCCUUUCUGCGCUGGUGGCUUGGGGAGGAGCUGCUGGAGGGGAACAGCAGUCAGGGCUCCUUCGAGGUCACCCCCAGCUCAGCCGGGCCCUGGACCAACAGCUCCCUGAGCCUCCAUGGAGGGCUCAGCUCCGGCUUCAGGCUCAGCUGUGAGGCCUGGAACGUCCACGGGGCCCAGAGUGGCUCUGUCUUCCAGCUGCUACCAGGGAAGCUGGAGCAUGGGGGAGGACUUGGCCUGGGGGCUGCCCUGGGAGCUGGCGUCGCUGCCCUGCUCGCUUUCUGUUCCUGCCUCUUAGUCUUCAGGGUGAAGACCUGCAGGAAGGAAGCUCGCAAGAGGGCAGCAGCUGAGCAGGACGUACCCUCUGCCCUGGGGCCCAUCUCCCAGGGUCACCAGCAUGAAUGCUCGGCAGGCAGCUCCCAAGACCACCCGCCCCCAGGUGCAGCCACCCCCACCCUGGGAGAGGGGGAAGAGCAGGAGCUCCACUACGCCUCCCUCAGCUUCCAGGGCCUGAGGCUCCGGGAUCCUGCGGACCAGGAGGCCCCCAGCACCACCGAGUACUCAGAGAUCAAGAUCCAUAAGGGACAGCCCCUGAGGGGCCCAGGCUUUGGGCUUCAGUUGGAGAGGAAGACGUCAGGGAUGGUUCCAAAGUGAAGAGUUCUCCAUAGAAACAGGACACCAGCAAGUGUGUGGGAGUCUCACUGGUGUGAUGGCCAGAACUGGACUCAGAUUUCAGCCCCAUCCCCAAUGAAGAGCUUGAGUUUGAAGAUUACACUUUUUUUGAGACAGUGUCUGACUCUGUCCCCCAGGCCAGAGUCCAGUGGUGCAAUCUCAGCUCACUGUAGCCUCAACCUGCCAGGUUGAAGUGAUCCUCCCAUUUCAGCCUCCCGAGUAGCUGGGACUACAAUUGUGAGCCACCAUGCCAGGCUCAUUGUUACAUUUUUAGUAGAGACAGGGUUUUGCCUUGUUUCCCAGGCUGGUCUCGGACCCCUGGGCUCAAGCAAUCUGCCCGCCUCUGCCUCCCAAAGUGCUGGGAUUACAGACGUGAGCCACCACAGCUGGCUGAAGAUUAUACUUUCAAUUCAGAGCGAGUUUGAAGAUGACACUUUGAGGCAUCGUGUCUAUGGUUCAUUACUACAGAAGCUUCUCUGGAUGUGUAAAGCACAGGAAACCAGGCAGAGGAGGCACAGGGUGCUCUCCAGAACGAGAAACCAGCUCCUGGAGUUGUUUGCCGCAACCGCCAUUCCCCGUUGAUGACCAUGCUCUUCCUUCAGAAGAGGGAGAGUGAGAGAACCAAGUCCGAGUGGUUCCCAUUUUAACAUUAAAAAAAAAAAAAAAAGGCUGGGCAUGGUGACUCAUGCCUGUAAUCUCAACACUUUGGGAGGCUGAGGUGGGUGGAUCACAAGUCAGGAGUUCAAGACCAGCCUGGGCAAGAUGGUGAAACCCCGUCUCUACUAAAAAUACAAAAAUUAGCUGGGCAUGGUGGUGGGUGCCUGUAAUCCCAGCUACUCAGGAGACUAGGCAGAGAAUUGGUUGAACCCGGGAGGCGGAGGUUGCAGUGAGCCGAGAUCGUCCCACUGCACUCCAGCCUGGGCAACAGAGUGAGACUCUGUCUCUAAAUAAAUAAAUGAAUAAAUAAAGCCUGAGUUUGAGCAAGUCAUCUUACUCCUCAGUAAAAUGGACACAAUAAGCCUAAAUCACAGGGCUGUAGUGGGACAGAAAGGAAGUCAUUAAAAUAAAGCAUCCAGGCUGGGCGCAGUGGCUCACACCUGUAAUCCCAGCACUUUGGGAGGCCAAGGCAGGCAGAUCACAUGAGGUCAGGAGUUCAAGACCAGCCUGGCCAACAUGGUGAAACCCCAUCUCUACCAAAAAUACAAAAAUUAGCCAGAUGUGGUGGUGCACACCUGUAGACCCAGCUACUCGGGAGGCUGAGGCACGAGAAUCACUUGAACUCAGGAGGCAGAGGUUGCAACGAGCUGAGAUUGCACCACUGCACCCCAGCCUGGGCAACAGAGUGAGGCUCUGUCUCAAAAAUAAAUAAAUAAGGCCAGGCACAGUAGCUCACACCUGUAAUCCCAGCACUUUGGGAGGCCAAGGCAGGUGGAUCACGAGAUCAGGAGAUUGAGGCCAUCUUGGCCAACAUGGUGAAACCCCAUCUCUACUAAAAAUACAAGAAAAUUAGCUGGGUAUGAUGGUGGGCACCUGUAAUCUGAGCUACUCAGGAGGCUGAGGCAGGAGAAUCGCUUGAACCCAAGAGGCAGAGGUUGCAGUGAGCCGAGACUGCACCACUGCACUCCAGCCUGGGCAACAGAGUGAGGCUCUAUCUCAAAAAUAAAUAAAUAAAGUAUCCAACAGAGGCGUGUGUGCAGUGAGUCCCUCACCUGAGUCACACCUUUUCUUAGGGGAGCCCACUAGGUAUAAAGUUCUGACCAUCCUGGCCCUGAUGGUGGC